GGAAGUGUGACCUUUGAAGAUGUGGCUGUGUACUUCUCCUGGGAGGAAUGGGAUCUCCUUGAUGAGGCUCAGAAACACCUGUACUUCGAUGUGAUGCUGGAGAACUUUGCAAUUACAUCCUCCCUGGAUUGUUGGCAUGGAGUAGAGCCUGAGGGGGCACCUGCUGAACAGAGCAUUUCUGCAGAAGGAGUGUCACAGGUCAGGACUUUCAAAGAAGGUUCAUCUUUCCAGAAUGCCUACUCUUGUGAAAUAUGUGGCCUGGUCUUGAGAGAUAUUUUGCACUUGGCUGAGCACCAGGGAACACACUGUGGGCAGAAACCAUACACAUAUGGAAAAAAAUUCUACUCUACUACAAACAUUCAACACCACCAUAGACAGCAUAUUAGAGAGGUACCCUUCAGAAGUUAUGUGGACACAGCCUCAUUUACAAAGAGCUGCAUAGUCCGUGUGUCAGAGAAGCCAUUUACUUGCAGCGAAGUUGGGAAGGACUUCCUGGCCAACAUGGGAUUUCUCCAUCCAAAGACCACUCACAUGAGAGAGAAGCCAAAUAACAACAAGUUUGGCGUGGCCUUUCAUAAUGGAAAAAGUCAGUACAGCUGGGUAGAAUGCAAGAAAGCCUUUAAUCACACAGACACACUUGUGCAGGACCAGAGAAUCCUUACUAGAGAAGGGCUUUUUGAGUGCAGCAAAUGUGGGAAAGCCUGCACACGAAGAUGUAACCUCAUUCAACACCAGAAAGUCCACAGUGAAGAAAGGCCUUAUGAAUGCAGUGAAUGUGGAAAAUUUUUUACUUACUACUCCAGUUUCAUUAUACAUCAAAGAGUUCACACCGGAGAAAGGCCUUAUGAGUGCCCUGAAUGUGGGAAAUCCUUUAGUCAAAUCUAUAGCCUCAAUAGCCAUAGAAAAGUUCACACUGGAGAAAGGCCUUAUGAGUGUGGGGAAUGUGGGAAAUCCUUUAGCCAAAGGUCCAACCUUAUUCAGCAUCGCAGAGUUCACACUGGAGAAAGGCCUUAUGAAUGCAGCGAAUGUGGGAAAUCUUUUAGUCAAAACUUCAGCCUCAUUUACCACCAGAGAGUUCACACUGGAGAAAGGCCUCAUGAGUGUAGUGAAUGUGGAAAAUCUUUUAGCCGAAGCUCCAGCCUCAUUCACCACCGGAGACUUCACACUGGAGAGAGACCAUAUGAGUGCAAUAAAUGUGGAAAAUCAUUUAAGCAAAGCUCCAGCUUCAGUUCACAUCGGAAAGUCCAUACAGGGGAAAGGCCUUAUGUAUGUGGCGAAUGUGGGAAAUCCUUUAGCCAUAGCUCCAACCUUAAGAACCACCAGAGAGUUCACACUGGAGAAAGGCCUGUUGAGUGCAAUGAAUGUGGGAAAUCAUUUAGCUGCAAAUCUAACCUCAUCAAACACCUGAGAGUUCACACUGGAGAAAGGCCUUAUGAGUGUAGCGAAUGUGGGAAAUCUUUUAGCCAAAGUUCCAGCCUUAUUCAACACCAGAGAGUUCACACUGGAAAAAGGCCUUAUCAGUGCAGUGAAUGUGGGAAAUCCUUCAGCAGCAGAUCUGUCCUUAUUCAACACCAGAGAGUUCACACUGGAGAAAAACCUUAGCAGUAUGGGAAUAUGCAGCUUCCUUUUAGUGUAAUUACACUAAAGGAGAAUACCUGUAAGAGAGUUAUCUACGUGAAUUGGAAGCCCCAACAUCUGAAGAUACACAAUGGGGAUAUUCCCCUUAAAUUCCAGGUAUGUGGACACUUUAAGAAGCUAUGUCACACUUUCUAACUUCACACUUGUUGCCCUUUCCAUUUAUGUUACUGGUGAUUUUUGAGGUAAAAGUCAUAUCACCUCUCCACCUAUGAGGUCCACAUAGUGGGCAUCAUUUACCAUCUGAACCUGCUCUGGGAAGCAGACCUCUGUGUUCUGCCCAUUUGCUAAAGAAUGUCGUGAAUAGUCUGAGCCCUUAAGGGGUCCUCAUCCCCUUCUCUCUGACAAGUUAGGGCAUGGACUUGACCCAGUUUUGUACCAGAGAACUCAACACAAGUUUUGGUAGCUUGCCAAAAAGGGACUAUCUUUUUCAGGGACCUCUUGGUCUCAUGUGACUUUUCCAUGGACUUUUUCCAGCCUCCAAGUCACCAGCCUGGGAAUUGCUUGCCUCAUAUUGCUUUUUUACAAUAAUAAAGGCUUUAUUAUUUAAGCUA